GUCAGCAACAGUGCCACGUCAGCCACAGUGCCACGACAGCAGUGCCAUGUCAGCAGUGCCAUGUCAGCAGUGCCACGUCAGCCACAGUGCCAUGUCAGCAGUGCCACAUCAGCAGUGCCACGUCAGCAACAGUGCCACAUCAGCAGUGCCACGUCAGCAGUGCCACAUCAGCAGUGCCCCGCCACCAUGACAGGCUCAACUCUGGGCAUGCCAGGCCAACUGGCCAACGAGUCCAUUGCCGAUUACAAACAGCGGUUCCAGACUCAGCUCGCACUGAUCGAGGCCGAGGAACAGCGCCAGGUGGCAGCCGAGGCUGUCCGCCUACAGGCUGAAGCGGCGGCAACAGCUGAGAAACAGCGGCUUCAGGCUGAAGCAGACGCAGAUACCCAGGCACGCCGCAAGGAAGCCCAGGAUCUGCUACAGCGGCACGAAGCCACUAGCAUCGAAAAGCUCAAGUUUUGGCACUUUGAACCAUCCGAGGAGCACGACGACGCGACACCGGAGGAGCAGCAUAAGGAAUUCAUGGCCAAACUCGUGACCAGGCUGGUUUACACUUGUAACCACCUGCAGUCCGAGCUGGCGAACCUCCAGCGGGCCGUACGGAACCACAAGGCUCAGCACGAGGAUGCAGCACGGGCACUUGAUUCCUGUGUACAGGACUUGGAGCAAACUGCACCAAGACCGGAGGCUGGCGAGUCCAGCAGUGCACCCUCGGCCCGCCAACUGGAGGAACGAGUUGACCACGUAGUUGCAAUGCUCGGCGACAUCAGUACCUUCGCUGCACCAGCCACCAUCAGCAGCCAGCUGGACACCUUGAAGACCGAGUUAACACGGCUAUGGAAGAAGCGGUUCAUCGUGGACGACGCCUCGGCGCUCGCCAUCAACCGCCUCUUCGCUAUGACACAAGGCAACACAACGACACGUGACUGGCUCAUGGAGUGGCAAAAGAUCGCGGCAACACCGGAUCUCGAAUUGCCAUUUUCGCACCUGCGCCGAGAGUUCUACAACCGGUCAUGUGCCGCCUUGAGCCUUGCACUUGGUGAUCGCGAGCAAUACGCGACCUUCGCCGAAAUCAUCGACAAGGCAAAGGAGAUCAUCAAGACCAAUAGGGCAGCUGCACACGAGAAGUCGGCAUGGCAGCCAACCUAUGUGGAGAAAGUACCAACUCCGUUGAUGGACGCCGGAGUAGAGGUUGUCGACCUUCACGCCUACAUUGCGAAGAUCGACCGCGAGUUCAAGACACAACGCCGGAGUUUGGACGAGCAUGUGGAACACCUGCGCACCGUUUUAGAGCGGUUACGACAAGCCAAGUACAAAGCCAACCGCGACAAAUGCGAAUUCGCGCGGCAGGAGCUGGAGUACUUGGGACAUUAUGUGAUGCCGCAAGGCAUCCGUCCGCUUGCGGACAAGAUCGAGGCCCUCCGCGUAUGGCCCGAGCCCACCAACACCACGGACGUUCGUUCAUUCAUGGGGUUGGCGGGCUACUAUCAGCGAUUCAUCACCGGGUACUCAAGGAUUGUUGCACCUAUGACGAGAUUACAAUCGCCAAAGGCGCCAUUCGUAUUCGAUGACGACGCAUGCCGGUCAUUCCAAGCACUUAAGACAGCCAUGGUCAUGGCACGCGUCCUUAGCAUCUAUGACCCCACCCUGCCUACGAAAGUGACAACUCACGCUUCCGGCUAUGGCAUUGGGGCAGUCUUGGAACAACACGACGGCGACGAUUGGCACCCUGUGGAGUAUUUCAGCCACAAAGUGCCUCCCAUCAAUUCACUUGAUGAUGCAAGGAAGAAGGAGCUGCUUGCGUUCGUGAUGGCUCUCAAGCGAUGGCGGCACUUCCUCCUUGGGAGUCGUACGUUCACAUGGGUCAGAGAAAACAACCCGUUGACCUACUACAAGACGCAAUUCGACGAGGAACUCCAACGACACUUCAUCCGGGGCUAUGAGUCUAAUCCGGAUUCCGCCACGUUGUAUGCGCAGCUAUCUUCGGAUCACCCGCCGGCCAUCCACUAUCGCAUUGUCGACUGGUACUUGCUCCUCCACUCGAGAGGCAAGGACUUACUAUGUGUCCCACGAGACCGUCGCCUUCGGACUUGCCUUCUCGGCGAGUAUCAUGAUUCGCGACUCGCCGGCCAUUUCGAAGUCAACCGCACCAUUGCACGACUUCGACAACGAUUCCGAUGGCCCGACCUCAUUACCGAUGUCACUCGGUAUUGCGACUCUUGCGAAGUUUGCCGACGAAGCAAGCCCCGCAAUCGCAAUCCCUACAGCGAGUUGCGCCCGAUGCCUAUCCCAUGGGAACCCGGCCUCUCCAUUGCCAUGGAUGUCACCGGACCAUUUCCCCGCGAUUGCCUCGGGCACGACGGCAUCCUCACGGUUGUGGACCGUUUAAGUAAGUACGCGCGUUUUCUCCCUUGCAAGUACUACUCCACGGCUCCUGAGCUGGCACGCCUCUUGCACACCGGCUGGAUUUGCGGCCACGGUGUACCGGAAGACAUGGUCAGCGACCGCGACAUCCGCUUCAUGUCGGCAUUUUGGACUGCUCUCAUGCAGGAGUCCGACAUGAAGAUGAAACCAAGUUCGGCUCGGCAUCCAUAGACGGACGGGCAAACGGAGCGGGCACAUCAAACCGCUCAAAUGAUGCUUCGUACGCUCAUCCAUCCGGACCUGAAAGAUU